AUUAUUAUAAUUAAAGUUUCAUAAACUGUGCUAAAAGUUAUUAAACUAAAUAUAUGUCAUCGUUGUAUCCACAAGUGGCAACACCUCUCGCUCUUUUCCGGCUCUCGGUGUCAUUGAAGCCUCAAGAUGAAGCAAAUCGUUGCUAAUCAAAAAGUGAAAAUCCCUGAGGGGUUGACUGUUCAUGUGAAAUCUCGUCUAGUGACAGUGAAAGGUCCCCGAGGUGUUUUAAAAAGGAAUUUCAAACACUUGGCAGUUGACAUUCGCAUGGUAAACCCUCGGUUAUUGAAGGUUGAGAAAUGGUUUGGUUCCAAGAAAGAGCUCGCCGCAGUAAGAACUGUAUGCUCUCAUGUUGACAACAUGAUCAAGGGUGUGACAAAGGGUUUCCAAUACAAAAUGCGUGCUGUAUAUGCCCAUUUCCCCAUCAACUGUGUCACAACGGAAGGCAACUCUGUAAUUGAGAUCCGUAAUUUCUUGGGAGAGAAAUACAUCAGGAGGGUAAAGAUGGCACCAGGGGUAACUGUUGUCAACUCCACAAAACAAAAGGACGAGCUGAUCAUUGAAGGCAAUUCUAUUGAAGAUGUCUCCAGCUCGGCCGCCCUUAUACAACAAUCCACGACUGUCAAAAACAAGGAUAUCAGAAAGUUCUUGGACGGUCUCUAUGUGUCUGAGAAAACUACUGUCGUACCGGACGAAAUAUAAGGACAUUAAACUUGUAAGCUGA